AUGAAGGUGACUACUAAUCACUCUCAAGCCAGGGGCUACCCAACUGAUCUGCGUUCACCAUCACACACUUAUCUUGUUGCCAAACCAGAGUUGAAGUGGCAUGGAAGGUCUCUAAGAACAUUCAUGAUACCUGCAAUACUGGACACUGCAUGGAUCCUGGCUGUUCAUCAUUGCAGGCCCUUCGGUGAAUUGUACGACCUUGCUACCUCUGCUGGACAGCGUAGUUGUCUUCUGCCUCCCUCCUUAGGGCCUUUCUCUUCGUUUAAGUUGGAGCGUGGGUCUGAGCUCAGAAUUGAGGUGGAAGGCAAAGCCUCUGUGCAAAUAGAGCUAGUUUCUGGUUUUGCGGAGUUAUUUGGAUCAGAACUGGUUCUAAAGAGAAAGUACUCAUUUUCCCCUGGAAGUCGCAUUGGUGUUUUCACAUGGCAUGGAUGCAUGUUGCAGUAUUGGGGAAGCCCAGCUCUGGCUUAUGUAUCAACAGAUACUCCAAUGCUACCUUACAUCAACACCCAUGCAGGACUUGAGCAGAUGUGGGUUGAAGCCGAACAUAAAGGUAAACGUGGACCACGGGUGCUGGUGGCAGGGCCUUCAAAUAUGGGCAAAACCACUCUUUGUCGACUUCUAAUAAACUACUCUGUGCGAUUGGGACGACGACCUACAUUUAUUGAUCUGGAUGUUGAGUAUGGGUCAUUGUCUGUACCUGGCACCAUUUCAGCCCUUCGUGUGGAAAGACCAGCUGACGUUGAGAAAGGAUUCUUUCCCCAGACUCCGAUUGUCUUUCACUAUGGGUCUACAACACCUGAAAAAAACAUAAGGUUUUACAACAAGAUCACAUCCCAUGUGGCUCAUUUAUUUAACCAGCAAUGUGCUUCUGGUCAGCAUAUAUCGCUUAGUGGUUGUGUUAUUAACACCUGUGGCUUGAUUAAAGGUGCUAGAUAUCAAGCUCUGAUUCAUGCAGCUUUAGCUUUCGAAGUGGAUCUUAUCCUGGCACUGGGUCAGGAUCGUCUAUAUAAUGAUCUUCUUGGACAUCUUCCUCACGAUAUGCGAAUUGUUUUUCUCCCUAAGUCUGGUGGAGUAUCUAAACAAUCUAAAGAAUUACGUAGAAAAUUCCAGUAUCAGCAAAUGCGUGAUUACUUCUAUGGGCCCCGUGGCUUAUUCUACCCCCAUGCAUUUGAAGUUAAAUUCUCUGAUGUCCACAUCUAUAAAGUUGAGGCUUCACCUGUCUCAGAAUCUUGCAUACCCAUGGACGUGUCAAAAGAUGACACUAAACUAAAGUUGGUGCCAGUUACACCUGGCAUGGAAAUUGCGUAUCAUCUAAUGAGUCUGGUACUUGUGGAUGGUAUGAAAGCAGAAGAAAGUUUUGAGGAGAGAAGUGUGGCAGGAUUCAUUGCCAUUACAGGAGUGAACACAAAAAAAGGGACUUUCUCAGUACUGUCACCUGCACCCAUGCCACUGCCCAAAUGUGUAUUACUUUUGACAGAUGUGACAUAUGUUGAACUGGAUUAA